AUGCAAUGGCCGACGGCGGCGCUGCAGCUGCUGUGCCGGCCGUCGCUGAGCGCCGCUCAGCUCCGGCAGGUGGACGCGCACCUGCUCAGCUCUUUCUCGCACCUCCUCGCCGACCGGUUCCUUCCCAACCAGCUCCUCCGCUCGCUGCUCCCGGCGCACCCGCUCGGCGCCCUCCGCCUGUUCCCGCGCCUCCGCCGCAUCCUCCCCGACUUCCGGCCGAACAACUACACCUUCUCCUUCCUCCUUAAAGCUGCCGCUGAUUCGUCAGCCCCAGCGUCUCUGAGACCGGACUCCCCUUUCGGCGCCCACGCCAUCGUCCCCUCUCUCCAUGCCCUCGCCGUCGUCCUGGCCUGGGACGCCCACGCCUACGUCGCCAACGGCCUCAUCCACGCCUACGCCACCCACGGCGUCCUGCCCUCCGCCCGCCGCCUCUUUGGAGACGCCGUCGCCUCCCGUGCGGCCGACGUGUGCUCCUGGACGUCACUCCUCACUGCCUGCGCCAAGGCCGGGCAGGUGGACGAGGCGCGCGCCCUGUUCGACGGAAUGCCCCGCAGGAACGACGUCGCCUGGGGAGCGCCAUGCUGA